AGUUCACCAACCUUCUAGUCUGGACCGCCCCCUAUAGUAAACCAACUAACCCUUACAAAAACUCUAGCUUAUAGCCACAGAUUCUCACAGUGAGACCGUGUAAAAGCACACGCUGUCGCACAAAUCCCCACCUCACCCAGACCGCGACACCAUGGAAUCCAAUGGCGCUGCUGACUGCGUACUCAUUAUCGUCGCCGUUAUCUUCCCCCCUGCUGCAGCAGCUUUCAUCUCAGGCUGCGGUUGUGAUCUCCUCGUGAAUAUCUUGUUGACUUUGCUCGGAUACCUUCCUGGACUCAUCCACGCGCUCUGGCUCGUAUUCAGGCGUGCCAACGUUCAGGAGCGACGUGCCAGGGGCAGCUAUCGAUACACUGACGCGGAAACACCUGCUCCGGCGCCCCAGCAGAGUGCUCCGCAGUCACCUGGAUAUGGUGACACGAACCAGUCGAAUGCCCCGUAGUCACCUACAUACGCAGCCACGAGCCAGCCUGUUGGUUCUUCUCCAGUCGUCAAGACUUGAGGAAUAGCAUGAUUCAACACGCACGUGGUAGUGAAACAAAGUUUAUUACUAGGUCAGACAGUAAUCCGAUUCAUAUAAGGAACGCUGGGAAAUGUCUGUCACGUUUCGUGCUUAUCACUCGGAAUC